AUAUAAUAAAAAAUAAUUUUUCACAUUUGUACAAUAAAUAAUAAAAUAGUAAUAAUAAAAUAAAAAUGAAUAGAGUAAAAGGAUUGUUUUAUUUCUUUUUUAUAGUAUUGUUUAUUUCAAACUAUGUAGAAUGUUUUAAUUAUCAAGAAAUUCAAUAUAAUAACAAUAUGUGUGAAGGAGCAUUUGUUUUCAAUAUUAAAACUACACAAUGUUCUAAUCAUGGCUACAUUAAAAAAGUAAAUGAAACUAUUGUAAUGGUUAUUCCAAUUAAAAGUAGCGAGGAAUGUGUCGAAACCAAUGAUGGCUCACCAAAACCAGUAACCUCUCCAUCACCAACCCCAUCUGAAAAUAACUCUACAAAUAGCUCAAACAGUCACAACAGCACCUCAAGCGAUUUAAGCUCAAAUAGCCUCGAUAGUAAUAGUACAAUUGACUCCAAUUCUACCGAAACUCAUAAUUCAAAUAAUACAUCAAGCGACAAUGGAUCAACAACAAAUGAACCAUAUGAACCACCAAAAUACUACAAACUCAAUCAAUGCAAUGUAUUGCCAGAUGGUACAAGUGUUUUUGUUUCACUCCAAGAAGAAUCAGAAGAACAUCCAUAUAAAGAAAUGAAUUAUUGCAAUGAUAUUGAAUUAUUGGAUAACAACUGUGACUAUGCAAAAGUUAGAACAUACAAUAAUUUUACCUGUAUUUCAACCGGGAAGAAUGAAAAGGGUGUAGCUCAAUUUGAAAGAAUCAGCUGUAGAGCAAAUCUCCAAUCAAUUGAUUAUGACUAUUGUUUACAUGAUUGUUCAAAUGUAAACUGUAAUUAUAACUAUACCAAAACCUCUGGAGUUGUAUUAUGCGCAGAUAUAGAAACCAUCGAUACUACAAAUAAUGCUAACUCAAUCUAUAAUAAUAGUUAUAUAUUAUUUAUUGUAUUAAUAUUAAUAAACUUUAUAUUAUUUUACUAAUUAGUAAAUGUAAAUAAAUAUUUUUCUUAAAAAUAAUAAAAAAAAAUAAAAAAAAAGUAAAAAAAAAAUAAAAAAAUAAAAACACUUUUAAUUAUAAUAU